AUGAAAAAGAGGCACAGCCUACCUCCUUGGGACAAACUCCCUAUUGCAUUUUCUAAAUUGUCUACUGCAAUUGUUUAUCACAGCAUCAAAUCCAGUUCACCAACAAAAGUUUUGCCAAGCGAAGGGAUCUACACGCUGCCUUGUUCGUUUCUUACGGGGUCAACCCUUGCAAAAUUCCUGCACAGGCACUCACAGGAUCAACGAGUUACUGUAAGGGGUUGCAGUCCUUUUCGUCGGAUCGCCGGCUUUCCUUUUUUAGCGACAAACUGUUUUAGAAAGUUGAUCAAUCAUAGCUUGUUGCGAAGAACGAAAAGGGUCAGCGAGUGGGACAACCCUAAUCAUCAAGACGAAACGUCGCAACAACCAAUUGUUUCCCUGCAUCGUCAUAUUUAA